UGGCCCGUUCCCGGGCAGCGCCACACCUCCCAUCGGCCUCGCGCUACGGUGGCCGUACCGGCUCAGGAGGCGGGAAAGACGCAGCGGGGCGAUGGCUGCGGAGCAGGAGAUGCGGGACUUCACUCGCGGGCUCUUCCAGGGCAGCCCGGACCUCAGGGUGCUGACGCUGGCCAUGGUGCGGAGGAAGUAUCUGGCGCACGUGGGCCGGGAGAGCCUGGGGCGGGAGGAGAAGGAGCUGCUCAAGGAGCUGGUGAAGGAGGAACUGCUGAGAAUGCAGCUGGAUGAUUCCAGUUCCGAAGGGGGGUCCCCGAGCCCCAAGAGCCCCUGGGAGGCUCCUCAAGCCGAGGCUCAGAAGCGACCCCACAGCAGCUCCGAGUCGUCAGGGGGCCCCGAGGACACGGCGAGAAAGAAGCACCGACUGGAUCAGGGUUCUGAGGCCAGUUCUGACGGGGAGGAUUCUGGGAUUGAUUCGAGGAAGCCAAAACCGGCUCCUGCCGAGGAGGAUGCUGGGAAAUCCAAGCCCAUGGGAUCGUGUGAGGACGAGGGGGACUCUGGAGCAGAGGACACACCUGACCGGGGUGGCACCAGCAGAGAGAGUGACUCUGAAUGGGCAGCCAGGAAGGAGGGAAGGAGGGGAGCCGAGGCGCAGGAGCAGCUGGGGAAGAAGCGAGCGAGAGAGGCAGAGCGGAGGGGUGACUGUGGGGAGCAGAAGGGGAAAGCAAAUGGGGGGAUCACAGCUCAGACGCAGGAGGAAUCGGGGAGCGAAUGGCCAGUGGAGGGAGAGGAGUGUAAGCGGCAGAAGCAGACAGGGAAGAGCAAGCGGAGGAGGGAUCGUGAGGAGGAGGAGGGGGACAGCGAGAAAAAGGCUCGGGGGGAGGAAGGGGGGAGCGCCGCCCAGGUGGAUGAGAAGGGGCAGGGCAGAAAAGGGGCAGGGCAGAAGGGAGGCAGGAAGGCAGGGAGAUGGAGUGACAGUGAGGAGGAAGAGAACAAGGAGAAGGUAAAGGCUCAGAGAGAGGAGGAAUCGGGGAGCGAGGCAGAGGAGGGUAGGAGCCGGAGGCCGGGAAUGAAGAAGGUGGAGCGGAGGAGUGACAGCGAGGCCGAGGAAGUGGGCAGCAGGAAGAAGAGGACGAAGGCCCAGAGUGAGGAGGAAUCGGGGAGCGAGGAAGAGGAGGGUGCGAGCAGGAAGGAGACGGGGAAGAAGGGAAGGAGGAAAGCCGAGCGGGGCAGCGAGAGCGAGGACGGGGGGAAGGGAAGGAGGAGGGGCAGCGAGGAGGAGGAGGGGGGGAAGGGAAGGAGGAAGGCCGAGCGGGGCAGCGAGAGUGAGGAGGGGGGGGGGAAGGUGCAGAGGGGCAGCUCCGCGACAGAUGAAGACUCUUCGUCAUCGUCCUCCGCGCAGGAUGAGAACAGCAGCCCCAACCCAGGCUCCCGGCGCAAGAAGGGAAAGGCGCCGGGCAGCGGGGGGGCCGGCCCGGCAGAGGAGCACCCGGCCGUGCGGCGGCUGAAGCGCUACAUCCUGGCGUGUGGGGUGCGGCGGAACUACAAGAAGCUGCUGGCCGGGUGUCGCUCCGUCAAGCAGCGGGUCAGGGUCCUGCGCCGGGAGCUGGAGGCCAUUGGGCUGCAGGGGAACCCCUCUCUGGAGCGGUGCCGGGCGCUGCGGCUGCGCCGGGAGGAGGCGGCCGAGGUGGCGGCGCUGGACGUGGGGAACAUCAUCGCCUCGGACGGCCGCCCCCGGCGCUGCAACAUCUGGAGCCUGUACAGCAAGCCCCCCGCUGCCCCCCCGGCCGCCCCCCCGGCCCGGCGCCCAGUGGACUGGUCCAGCCUCCGGGGCGUCGUCAGCAGUGACGGGGAGAGCGACUGAGGCUGGGGGGCAGCGCCUGGCAUAACCCCCCCCCGCCCUUCCCUGCUUGGGGGGCAGGUCGGGGAGUGACCCCACUGCAUGGGGCAGAUCCAUCUCCCCUUCCCCACUGGGGCUCCGGGGCUGAUUUAGGACAGAAUCCGGGGGGGGGGGGCUAACCUCGGAACCCCCCCGGUGUCCGGCACUUUCUGGGUGAUCCCACCUGUCACCCCAAAACUGGAGGUUGGGGGACCCCUGAGCCACUAGCAGGGGCCUCCCUGCAGAGCUGGGGCAGCAGCUCUCCGCCCCCAGCACACGCCCACGCUGGCCCCGCAGGUGGGGCAGGGGGCGGGAUGUCUCCUGGCUUGGGGGGCCCCAUCGUUCUACCCCGGGGGGCAGUUACCCCAUCCCAACCCCCCACUUGGAAAUGUCUCUGUUUUAUGCGUUUUUUAUAUUGUAAAAUAAAGUGAAUUUUGUUAUUUAA